GUGACGCGAGCACGGCGGCUCCGCCCCCUGCGUCUCGGGCCUCGCUGGCCUUGGGGGGAUGGUUUCAUCAUGGCGUCAAUGCAGAAACGACUACAGAAAGAACUGCUGGCUUUGCAGAACGACCCACCUCCUGGGAUGACUUUAAAUGAAAAGAGCGUUCAGAAUUCAAUUACACAGUGGAUCGUAGACAUGGAAGGUGCACCAGGAACCUUAUAUGAAGGGGAAAAAUUUCAACUUCUGUUUAAAUUUAGUAGUCGAUACCCUUUUGACUCUCCUCAGAAGACUGGUCCCCGGCGCUCUCAGUGCAGUCAGUCUGUCUCAGCAUUAUCAGCAUGCUUUCCAGCUGCAAAGAAAAGAGACGACCACCAGAUAAUUCCUUUUAUGUGCGAACAUGUAACAAGAAUCCAAAGAAAACAAAAUGGUGGUAUCAUGAUGAUACUUGUUGAUGCCACUGUUGUCAUCCUCGUAGCAGAAGAUAGUCCUACUGAGAAAAUGAGCACUUUGAUCAUUCAGUCUUUGAACUUUAACCUUUGACUGGAAGUGACCUAUAGGCAAUGAAGACUACUUCCUUUUACUGCAUUUUUACUCGUGUGCAUUCUGGGCGCAUGUUGAUCGCUGGUUCAGUCCAGGCAACUGACAUGCUUUUAUUAGUCAUACAGUAUUAAUGCAGGUGUCAGGAAAUGUCAAAUAUAAUUCCAUUUUUUUAUUUUUAUUUUUUUAAGCUUUUGGAAAAGUUCCAGGUCCUCAUGUAUUGUGCAAUAACAGUGACUUCCUCAGUGGUUUGGGGACGUUCAUUGCCGGCAAUGGACGUUGUAAAAGCAAGAGUUUUCUUAACUCCUGCCACUUGGUGAUUAAUGCAUGAUAGGGCCUAUGAAAUGAAUUUAUCGGUUGUUGUGGGAUUCUGUGGAAAGUGAGGGAUCCAACAUUACAUUGAAAGCCAGCCCAACUGUUCAUAUUUGGAUUCUAUGCACCGUGAUCCAAGGCCAACAGCAUGGAAUUACAUGCGUCUUUAAAGGACCGUAAGAAAGAUCAUUGCAUAUUUAUUUAAUUGUUUAUAUCUGCUGUCAAGUUGUUUUGACAUGGAAAGUUUUCAAGGAACAUUGGCAGAGAGGUACAAUAUGUUAUCCCUAUGGUGAAAAUAAAUUCAUUUGUUGUAUAUAGUCCUCAAUCUCUGAAGUAAAGGUGUGAAUAAUAGGGUGUGAAUGGUUUAACCAAGGCAUUGUUUUGGAAGUAAAAAAACAAAAUGUCAGUGAUGAUUAAAUUACUGCCAUCCAUCAUUUGGGCCUGUUAUUAUUUUUCCAAGUAUAUUACACUCUGUUACUUCCUGCUAGCCAUCAGCAUGAGCCCUGUUGCCUAAACACUAUCUCAUUUAUUUAUGUUUUGAAAAAAAAUCCAUAAACAUUUUUGUUUGUAAUCUUGUUUCUUUUGUUAUGUUUUCAGUUGUUUAAAUGUUACAAUACUUUAAUUGAAAGAAUUUUGUCAAGUUUUUUCUUGUAAAUUUUCUUUAUUUGUACCUUCUUGUCCUUCAGUACUGUACCCUAAAAGGAGAAAUACAUGUGUGACAGAGGCAUAAUGUUUUAACAAACGAGUGUGGACAUUUUUAUUUUAAGAUUUUUGUCAAAAGGACACUAUAAAAAUGAUGUUUGCUUGUUUGUCUCAUAUCCAUUGUGCAGGGUUUCUUGGAAGAAUUUGUUUUGUUGAGAAGAUUUUGCUUCAGCUAUAUGAAGUUUUUCUGUCUAUCUUUACUCUUACCUAUCUCUCUGUGUGUGUGUCUGUCUGUCUGUCUAUCUGUCCUCUCUCUCUCUCUCUCUCUCUCUCUCUCU